CCCUAGCCUGGCCUCUGGCCCUGCCUCCAUUUCAGAGUUGGUCCAAGGAUGUCAAUGAAGUAUGAAGACCUCCAGUCCUUGGAGAGUGAGAAGAAAAGCCAGGGUUCUAGAAAUGGGCUGCCUCCUCCCCCAGCCUUCCUGCAGCAUGUCUGCUCUGGCCCCUGGCCCCUUCUGCUCUCUCUGGGCCUCAUCCUUCUCCUGAUGAUUGGUAUCUGCGUGAUUGGAUCCAAAAGUGAGUGUCCCAGGAUGGGCAGGGAAGGGGGCGCCAGUGGGGUACAGGAACCCAGCUUGGAUAACAACAGUGCCUGUCCCUUAAAGUGGGGUGGCUCCCGUAGCCUGAAUGACAAGGUGUUUUCUCUGGAGAGCAAGCUGGAGAAAGAGCAGCAGGAACUCAAAGCAGGUUAUUCUGACAUGCUCAAGGAAGUCCAGCAACUCGUCAAAGGCCUGAACUCCCUGAAUUGUCAGAUGGCUGCGCUCAAGAGCAAUGACUCUCAAAAUACCUGCUGUCCCAUUAACUGGCUGAAGCAUGAAGGCAGCUGCUACUGGUUCUCUGGUACUGGGAAGCCCUGGCCCGAAGCUGAGAGGUACUGCCAGCUGCAGAAUGCCCACCUGGUUGUCAUCAACUCCAGAGAGGAGCAGAUUUUUGUCCAGAAGCACAUAGGCUCCUCAUACACCUGGAUGGGCCUCAGUGAUCCUGAAGGAGCCUGGAAAUGGGUGGAUGGAACCAACUACGAGACCAACUUCAAGUGA